CAAGUCUAGGCAUCAAUUUCAAGAUAUUGAAAAUUCAAACCAUCUAGAAUCAGCUUGAAGCUUUCCGAUCACUUUGUCUUUACUGAUUCAGAUCUUGAUUACAGCUUUAUCCAUUUUUUCUGGCAAUUUACAAUGUUGCCCAUGUACCCUAAAUAUAUAAUCUCAAGAACCAACGCCUACUUUCGGGAAGCAUCGGUGAAGACCGACCUCAGCUGCUGCACUGUUGCAACAUCUCUGACAUCGACAUGAAUCCAAACAGCUGCGAGAACUUCAUGGAUGUCUUCAUUCAUGAAAUGGAGCCUUACAAAUCAAAAUACAAGAUCAGAGUUCGUAUAUCGAGAGUGUGGAGAGCUAAGAAAUAUAAUACUGACAAGAAUGAUGGUCUCCACUCUGUCUUGAUCGAUGAAAAGGGUGACGCUAUUCAUGCAAUUAUCAAUGAAUCUGACUACCCUUUAGUUCACAAAAAAAUACAACAAGGCAAGGUUUAUGACAUUCACAAUUUCUUUACACGAAAAAACCAGGAAAACUUCAAGAUUCUUGAUCAUCAGAGUCAAGUCCGUUUCAACGCAAUGACUAUCUUUGAAGCAGUUGAAGGAAACUGCCCAGAAAUUCCAGAGCAACGAUUCUAUUUAGUAGAAUUUGAUCAACUCAAAGCACGCAUGAAUGAUAAUACAAUUCUAACAGAUCUGUACGGUUGUUUGAAGUCAAUUGUACCACCACAUGAGACAACUGUCAAGGAUAAAGAGUCAAAAUGUGAAAGACAAGAGUCAAAAUGUGAAAUCCAUUUGCAGAAUUUAAGAAGAGAGGACUUGAGAAUUACACUCUGGGGCAACACUGCUAGACAAGUUGACAUGGAAACAAUUAGCAAAACUUCUCCACCAGUGCUGAUGGCAUUAACCAGUUUAAAAAUCAAAGAGUACUUGAACAAACCUGCCCCAUCAAAUACAAGCAACACCUGUAUUUUCAUCAAUCCAAAUAUCCCAGAGACAAACAAGUACAGGUUUCAGUUCUCAAAACUGGUUGAUAGAGUGCAAAUACUUCCAACCCCGUUCGAGCGAAGAUUCUGCUAUCCACCUAGGUGAGGGUCACCUGGUGACGUGGCAGAGGGACAGGGUGACGUGGCAGAACAACAUAGGCCGAAUGAAAGGUUGUAGGGUCCGCUCUGACCCAAUCUGUCACCCCCCCGUUACCGUCUUCUUACGAACAGGUUUGGGAAAAAAAAAAAAAAAAGUGAGUUCGAUUGAGUAGGGGUCGUCAACGGGCCGGGUCGGGCCUUGCUAUAUUUUUAAAUAAUUGCGGGCCGGGCUUUAUUAAAAAUCAAAGGAUCCAAGCCCGUCCAUAUAAAGCGGGCCUUGCGGGCUUUUUCGGGCCGGGCCGGGCUUGACCUUGCGGGCUUUUUUGGGCCGGGCCUUGCGGGCUUUAUUUAUAAAUAAUUUUUUUUUUUUUGAAUAAAAUUAUAAAUAAAUAUUUAAAGACACAAGUAUUUUUUUUUUUUAA